AUGCCUGAUAACUCGCUUGACGGCCUCUACGAUGUCGAAGAUAAUGUCGAGGAUGAGGAUAUGUACGACAUUGACAAAGCAUUGGACAAUGAAGAGAGCGAACCGGAGCCCAUGAACCCAGAGCCACAGCCAGACCGCGAUCCCGUACACGGCGAACAUCAUCGCCGGCUCUUAGAAACUCCCGCUCGCAACAACACUGAGCUCUCACCUCUCGUUCGAGCCACCCUGCCAUACAUAGAAUCAAUCGGGCUGGAUCUCACGAUAUUCUUGAAUGCUUUAAGCUGGGGUGAUGGCGGCUGCACGCGCGACCCGGACAUACGCCAUGCACGGACAGGCUCCAUGCACAGUGUGACGAACUGCCUGCGAUCCUUCAUCACUGGUGCCGCUCUCCGCAGGAUACGAAGCGCACGCGGCACCGCCGCGCUACCGCUCUUCCGUGCGUACUCGUUCACCGACACCAUCGAGCGUCUAUGCGACGAGCAUAGGGGAAUACCUAUCGGGGUGAUGAUCGUGUCACAGAUGCUGUACAGUCGAAACCAGAGGCGCAGCCUGUGGCAGAAGCUCAUCACCCUCUACCUCAAGAGCUCAGGUCUGUCUGCGAAUGGACUGGACUAUCUACAUGCACUCGGUGUGACGAUGAGCCACCGCUGGAGUAUCACUAUCGAGACCCGACUAUCCGAACAGUCCAUGAAAGAGGCCGUGCAUGCAUUCCUGCAUCAACCCUCUGUCUUCGCGCACGACAACCUGAACCUCGCAUUCAGAAAGUUCUCGCAGAGGGUAGAUAACCUCGACCACUUCGACUCAGGCACAGAUGCCACACUAUUCACGCAACCAUUCCGUCCGUCGAGCGACCCGCUUCCCAACCUCUCCAACUCCGAGUUCCAACAGUCACGCCGUGCAGGCAGUACCACGCCGCUCACAGAAGCAGAGCUUCUAGCACUCUUCGAGAAAGCCGGUCCGAGUAUACGCGCCCGCAAGGUACACGAGAUCUUACUGGCGCUGAUUCAUUCCCCCGCCUUUGAUCUUGAAACAUAUCCUCACAAAGACGACCCUUGUCUGCGUCCGCCCGAUCCCGUUCACGAGCUUCCGUGCGGGCCUGAAUAUGUCACCAUUCAGUAUGUUCUGUCCACGCUGCACAUCGAGGAAGGGAGCUACCAAGGGAACCUGAAGCUUCUCGGGGAUUGGUUAGUCCAAUUGGGUGUAGUUACACGCAAAGCCCUCGAGCGCUUUGGUCUCGAGAAGCUCUGGCCCUUUGUCGGUGAUCAGCUCACGGUCGAACGACUGCGCGGAUUGGUCAACUCCCGUAGCCAGGACAUGGCCGCGUGUGAUCGUCUCGACCAUCUGGUCCCCAUCGGCGGCUGGUUCCACCUGGAGAUUGCACACACAACCUCCAUCUACGACCAGCACGCCGGCACAAAUGCUGGCAAGGGUCUUCGCCAUGCCUUCACGAAUCUCGAGCGCAAGGGGCUGAGCUCCCUCAAGACGAGCACACCCUACUAUCAUCAUCUGCGAGAGGGCAUCCUGCACACAGCAGAAGCCCACCUUCGGGCGUGCUGGCUCGACAUUGAGGGAAUUGACAAUCUCGCGGAGCUGCGGUCCUAUAGUCCUAGUGAUCUCGUGGACGUUGCCAAGGAUAUACUGGACCUGUAUGCGAGUGUCGACGCAUACGAGCGCGCAAACGAUCACCCAGAAGAGGACAAGGACCACGUUUUCGCGAACGGCAUCAUGUUUCGCAGCGAUGCGCUGGAUUACAUCGUGCUCAUGAGCGCUAUCAAGCACGGCGAUGUCGGCAUGAUGGAGAACAUGUUGCCGACCCUGCUGUGCCGCUUUGCGGGUGGCGGAAACCCCAAGUAUGCGAUAGAGGUCUUGGACCUGUUACAGUGCCUUCACCACGAGUGGACGCCAGAGCUUUCAACAUUUGUACGCGAAUUCUGCUGGCUUGUCAACAUAAAGGGACAUCGCGACAGUUUUCUCCCUAUCGACUUCGCACAAGAACACAACAUAAAGGCGAUCAAGGUCACAUAUCGUAGCAACGGUCCGUAUUCGGGCUGGGAGCUCAUGAGCCGACGUAGCCCCACAAUUCCUAAGAUGCGGCUACUGCGAGAGUGCUUGGACAACCUCGUGCCAACGGUCCGUCGAGGCUCGACGCACACAGCACCCCAAAAGGAAAAAGACGUCGAUAAGCUGGUGAACAUCUACGUCGCGGCAAAUGUUUGCGACAUACGACCCGGGCGAGGGUCCAACUUCUCUGAUGCCGACAUCGUCAGAGAGGUUAAUACAGUGGGUUGGCGUAAGGUUACGGAGCAAGUACGGGCCAAUUGGAUCGAGAGGCGAGCUUGGCCGCGGAAGGAACGAGAGGGGAACGGGUCGGCCGGGGACGAAAUGGACAUCAAUUGA